CUAUACAAAUUCAACGACUCCGAAAGUAGAGGCAAAUGUAAGAAAAAAAAACUGCAAGUCACCAAGUGCAAGUAGUAUUAAAUUCAAAAACAAACCGCCUUGUUGUGUUUUCUUACUGUUAUCAGUUCACAAUAAGUCGUGUAGGAUAGGAAACAGUGCAUUCGAGUACAGCUACAGAUUUGUAAUUUCUAUUUGAGAGUAUUUGUUUUUGUGUUUUACUGCGUUUUUUCCUAUUCCAAAAUGGUGCAGCAACAUCUCGCUCUGCGUGGACUCCGCGCUUUCGCGUAUGCAACAGCGUUGCUGUUUGGUAAUGUCAAUGUGAUGUUUUUCCGGGUGGAUAAUUAUGGGGAUCACCUUCAUCACGCUGGGUUUCUUGUACGCGCAGCUCCUGCGUCGUCUGGAGGACUUCUCACUCGGCUUUUCGGAAAUGGAUCUCGUCGUCCCAGUCUUUUCAGCCGGCGUGGGGGCCACGACGUCAAUGCUCGUCAUUUUUCAGGAAGAGCAGCUACCACUGCUGCAAGAACUUCUAGUUCAGCAGGCGUCGUGGCUACACGGGGACCAGCGCCACUAGCCAACGACGGCACUGGAACUUCUACCGAAGCUGUUGGACGAGGACCAGCUGGAUCUUCUUCUACUCCUGCUCCUUCUCCACCACCGCAGCCGGGCCGGUCGGAGAGGAGGACCGCUUCUCCCGCCGGUGACCAAGACAUCGUUCUGGACUUUGAUCACCUCGCCCGACGAGCUAAGGAACAACAGGAAGAAGACCGCGUCAGCUCGUUUCGCCCACCGGAGCAGGGAAAAGAACAUGGACAAGGAGGUGUUCAUUAUGAUGCGGCAUCUGUAACCCCACAAGACAAACGCACACACCGGCUGGCUAUCCAUAGUGAUGAACAAAAUCCUGCCGUCACCUCCACCGGGUACCUCAGUUACCUGGAAACGCUCGGACACGUUCUUCUGCCCAGGGCCACCGCCUUUCUGCAACGGGAACUUGCGAAGUACGCCGGUUCUUGUACAGGAACUAGCGGGACGAGGACGAACAACUUGACGAGAAGCGAGCCGGUGUCUUGCGUGGAGCGGCUGCAAAUCCCGGGCCAGUGCAGCCAGGCUUGCGGAACUCUUUGCAGAGACGGUGACCGUCGCGACGAGCGUGGGCGGGCCACGAGCACCAGCUGCACGACUCGUGUGUGCCGGGAAUGUUGGGGAGACUACAUUGCAGACCGGACAGCCUUGCUAGCAUACGCGCUAAACAUAAGCGAAGCGCUGCGGGUUAGACUCGGAGGGCUGGAUGAGAUUUACGAAGGGAUUACAAAACCGGAUGAAAAAUAUAAGACUGUCAGACUCGAGAAGAAGUUGAACGAAAAGAAGACCACUGACCCACCUAGCGGAUCAACUUCGACAGCCUCCGCACCAAGAACCGAAAAAAGUCCCGUCGAAAUUUAUGGAAUCAUCAGGAUCGAAAGUAGCGCACCAGUUGAAAGAAUUUACUGUGCAUAAAAAAAUGCAAGGUCUGAAGUGCCUGUCUUGCAGGAAUGGCAAGUGAGGCUGAUUGUGAGCCUAAUAUUUCAGGUUCGCGAUGCAGCUGCUAAAGUGCUUAGCAUGACAGAAGCAGUCCUCCUCCUCUGCUCGUCCCAAAAACAGCAUAACAGAUUCGGUGUCAUUGCUGCCAAAAUUUGUCGUGCGCCACUUAGAUGAAACUGGCGUCCGACUGAUAUCCAUUGUUCCAUGCAUGGUAGAGUUUUAUUUCAACUUGGUCCAUUUCGCUUCUGACGCUUCCAUAGAAAGCAAAAGCUGCAGGAAAUAAUGCAAAACUUCCUGGUUACCCAGCAGCCGCGGAUCGAUUAUGUCAUGGCGCACAUCAUAUGGAUCUGUCAGGAUUGAAAUCGUCAAAGUUGAAAUGAUUUGCCAUGCAUAAAAUGCAAGGCAUGAAUUGCCUGUCUUGCCGGGUUGGCAAGUGAGGCAGAUUGUGAGCCUAUUUAGGGUUUGGGAUAGAGCUGCUAAAGCUGCAUGACAAAAGCAGUCUUCUGUGCCCAAACAGCAUGACAAAUUGGAUUCCGGUGCUCCGAAAAUUUGUCAUGCGCCGCUUGGAAAUUGGUCUUCCAACUGGUAUCCAUUUUAUGCAUGACAAAUCAUUUCAACUUUGUCGAUUUCAAACCUGACGCUUCCAUACAUCAUUCAGGCACUCUACAUUCUGAGCCUAGUGCCGUUGUAUCCAAUACAAAUCGAAUAUGCCUGGACCAUUUCUGGAAGUAGAAAUGAAGUGCCCCUAUCGUUAUGCAUCGUUUAGUCCUCACACAAAUCCAAUCACGUGGAAUUAUGCGAAUACACCAAGCUACAAAGCUGAGCUUUGUGUGGUCUUCCGGAAGUUGUAGAUGAACUUAGCAUGAUCACAGGUUCGCAUUUUUCGUCCACUUCUUCCACCAGGCCCAGACAUUUAAUUUGCAAUGCAUAUGUUGAAUGGCAGAAGACCAAGAACCUCUACGAGAUCUGCCAUAAUUCGUGCGGUCCGUCCGGUACCGACGCUGGAAGAGCAUAUGCACUAGAAAAGCAUCGUACUCGUAUUGCAAUAAAGCAGUACAAAUCUUUUUCUUAAGGUAAACCAGCAUUACAAAUUUUAUUUCUCAUGCUGAGGAAAUGCAUUUAUACGAGUGCGAUACUUUUGCAAUGCAUAGAGCAACAAGAAGAGCUGUUUCAAUCUCUCAACCGUCGGGCCGCGCCGGAAGGCCUUAGGCUCGCCUGGGAACUCUUCACGGAUUUGGACGAGAUUCCGUAUGCCGCUGCUUAUUUCUACGACCGGGACUACAGCACAAACAAUAGUUCUCCCCCCGGGCAGCUCUCUUCUGGCUCGCUUCGGGGGCCAAGCUUUCAGGCUCAUUUGCUGAAACAUCAGCAUAUCAAAAGCGCUGUUUUCGCCUCACGCGGUGCCGGUGUAGCUCCUGGGCAAGAAGAAGGAACAAGCCGGGCACGAAAAAUUGCCCAGCUGGUCAAUGCCAGGAAGGGCCGGUUGUUCACGCAAGAAUCGUUGGAGAAGGCGAUUGAAGACGGCGUGGCGGAGGUGGUGAGAAAGGUCAAGAACCUCUUGUAAAAAAAAGAAGUAGUGGUAAUACUGUAUUACCAUUACGAGACCUCCGAGAAGUAGGAGGACGGGUAGCAGUACGAAAGUAAGUAGUGGACUGUUGCUGUAUGAUAAUUUUUCUGCAGAAGAACGAAAGGCAAAUGAAAGCUAUGCAAAUGUAAAUGAAAGUGCAGUAGUGAAAGGGCAAAGAACGCGCGUCCCUGCCCUGUUGAACGAUAUCAUUGUAUGCCAUGCUCCUGGCAACCAGGCAGCAGCAUGAUCCGCUACAGGGCAGGAUGCGCGAUGUGAAGCUGCAGUCAGCUCUCAGCCCAAGCUGCAGUCAGCACUCCGCUGAAGCUGCUUCGUAUCCAAACACCGUUGUAAGAUCAAGCAGCGCGACGCUUGCAGCGAGAAACGCAUCGGUAUUGCCAUCUUCAGGAACAAGGAACAGAGAU